CCAAAUAAAGAAAGAGUCAUCCAGCUCUCUAUCUAGAGUUUGGCGCUUAGCGAAUUAGCUUCCCCCCAUUCUGCGCCUCUCCUUCGAUCUUCAAAGCUUCCGCUGGCUUCCUCUCCUUCUCGAAGAGGAAGAUGAGUCGUUCCGCGUCCAGGAAGGCUGGUCAAUCCGAUUCUUCAACUCCGAUUACUUCUUCCGCCGGCGGUCUUUUCCGUUCCGGGUAUGUUGGAACUGACGUGGUAAUUUGUAAACAUUAACACACUGCUGAUCAAAGCAAAACUAGUGCUCGUGAUUGAAAUGAUCAAAGCUGCUUUAUCAGAUUGUAGGAUCCUGAGCUUAUGAUUGUUAUUGAAAUCCAAUCUCCAUGUUACUUUAGCCACGGGUAAAGCAUCUUCAAAAGAGAUGGAGCGGAUUGAUAAUGUGUUUUACUCAUAUGCAAACAAGUCUUCGGGUCUUAUUGACCCAGAGGGAAUUGAAGCUCUAUGUUCAGAUUUGGAGGUGGAUCAUACAGAUGUCAGAAUCUUAAUGCUAGCCUGGAAAAUGAAAGCUGAAAAACAGGGGUACUUUACACUGGAAGAGUGGCGAAGAGGCCUUAAAGCACUGCGGGCUGAUAAUGUACAUAAAUUGAAGAAGGCCCUCCCAGAGCUCGAGAAAGAGGUUAAAAGGCCAACAAACUUUGUGGAUUUCUAUUCUUAUGCCUUCCAGUAUUGUCUAACGGAGGAAAAACAGAAAAGCAUAGACAUCGAAAGCAUCUGCCAAUUACUUGAUCUUGCUUUGGGAUUUCAGUUUCGUGCUCAGGUUGAUUACUUCAUCGACUAUCUCAAGAUUCAAAGCGACUAUAAGGUCAUUAACCUGGACCAGUGGAUGGGGUUCUACCGUUUUUGCAACGAGAUAAGUUUCCCAGACCUUAGCAACUACGAUCCAGAACUCGCGUGGCCUUUAAUCCUCGACAAUUUUGUAGAAUGGUUGCGAGCAAAACAGACCUAGAACCUAUGCUGGUUCUUUGGUUGAUUUGGCUCUUUUUACUGUGAACUUAUUGUUAUUAUCAUUAUGCUGAAUGCAAAAUUCUGCCCUUUAUUUGGCCGAUUCCAUUUUGCUAUUUUAUGUACAGGCAUACAGAGUUCAAUUGGUGUUUGUUUUCCCCCGUUUUUAAUCGAGGUGCCUUGUUAAUCAGAACUAUGUACACGUUCCAAGAUUCUAUUGAAUUUCAUUUC